AUGGGUGGACUUUGCUCAAAGAGAUCUGCGGUAGAUAAAUCGCCCAGCGAGAGUACUCUCCAGGCAAAUGGCUACAGGAAUCCCGAGCCCCUGGCAUUUCAGUCCCGGGGGUUCCCACGAAAGACGCAGGAGAUUACGAAUCCCCCAAAUGUGGGUGACACCACGGACAAGAAGUUCAGAGAACAACCAUUCUCAUUUUCGGAAGGAAUAACCCCCAUCAGCAGAGACGUAUUGGACGAUGCUGGCCAGCUGAGGGAACCCCAAUUGUCCAGGGUUCUUUCCCAAAAGUCCAGGUCAACUACCUCGAAGUUGUCUUCCCCAGCAAAGACUGGGACGACUAAGGUGAGUUUAUAUUGCGCGCGUCUUGUUGUUGUAGUAGAAAAUAAAUAAGUAUUGACCGAAAAAUGAGCAUACAAAUGCUUUAAUAACGGGACAAUCAUAAGCAGUGUGGAACUGAACAAAUGAUCAAUAUUUUCGUCCUUGUGAAUCACUGGUAUUACCUGACUAUAAAUUCUGGCUGGCAUGAAUUGGGAAAUCCAACUCCUAAUGAAGAUAGACAUCAUUUGAUCUCGAACUUAAUCAUUGUGGUUCUUCUGAUCUUUAGUUGUUAGUUCAAGUGGCUAUUCCAUUAUUGAGUCAUGAAUCUUAUCAUCACCACUUUUCGGUAAAGUAUAAUUUAGUAACAUAUCUAAAAAUUAUCAGAUAAUUUAUUUUUACGCUAUUCUAGUGCCUCUUUGAAGUUGGUAGAGACUUAUUUGGGUUUCAUAAAUCUUUCAUUUUUCUUAAUAUGAUUCAAGUUUCAGCAAUCCAUCAACAGGACCAGCUUGAUCCUUGGCUUCCUAUUUUUUUAAGCACUGUACUUUUUGCAUUAAUAACACUCUUUCUGAAAUUUUCUGAACGAAUCAUGGAAUGUCGGUUCUACUUUUUUCCUUGACGUGAGUCUCUAAUUAUGUUUGUUCGUUUCUUGAAACUCUUUCUGUGUAAAUUUAGUUUGUUGGCAAGUAGCAUUUUCAUGAAAAUUCAACACUUCACGGAGGGAGGGGAUUGCCAGGUGGUGCAUGGGUGGAGGUAUGGCGACGGGACUAGGUGCGUUGGUAGGUGCUUCAUGGGGACUCGUCAGGCGCAGGUUGCUGCCAGGAAUGGAGCAGUGGAAUUGCAUGGGGGAAGGGCAAGGCGAUUGGCUACGUAUGCGGGUUUCCUUUUUGCCUCAGUUAGAUAGGAGUUAUUAUUGUUGCCUCGGCUGAUAGGCCUGACGUUGACAAAACCAAAGCUUGGCCCAGUUAGCAAUUGUAAAAGGCCGGAAAGUUAAAGCCCAAGACUGGUAAAAUGAAUCAGGCUUGAUUUCACGCUUGGACGGGUCAUUUACACCAUUCUAUUCACUCUAUUUCAUCAUUAUAGUCAGUGAAUUAUCCCACGGCAAGAAAAUCCUAAACAACAUGCUUGUCCAACUUGUUACUUUGGAAGAUGAAUCUAGUUCCCAGCACGAAGAUAAUACUUUUGACCCUAAGUCUUGUUUAAGUACCUUCGGCCACACACAAGCAAAAACUGACCAUCAAUGUUAUUUUGUGUUUGCUCAUUUUCAGCUACGUGCCUAACCCUGACAUUCUGUCUUGUUUAAAUUUUCCGCUAACUUCUUGUUCCAAGUCCCCAGCCACUUUAGUCAGCAAUUACCUUCCAGGUCAUGUUUUGUCUCACAAGUAAUCUUAUGACAGUGAAUUUUGAAUUAAUGGCCUUACAUUUUAGACAAAUAUUAAUGAAUUCUGUCCGUGCAUGCAAACCUUUCUCCGUCCCUUGUUUUCCUCAGUUUAGGAUUUUAGAAAAGUAUAGGAAAUUAAUUCGUGUACUAGUUUCUAGCUUGUUUGUUUUUACCUUUCUCAUGUACUAGUGUUCUAUAUUUUCCUCCUUUUUCAUUGGGAACAGAUAGGAGCUCCCUAGCUGCUGUAUCAGCACUUCUUACUGCUAAACUAUUUUACAGAGUGCAGUUGGUGCGCAACCAAUUGAGAUUGGUCGUAUCCUGUAUUUUGUUCUUUUUGUCGGUUCCAAUCGAAGAUUUCCAUCAACUUCUUUCUUCUUUAACAUGAUGUUCUCUAUUUCUUACUAUCUCCUCUCUUUAUGGUUUUUUGUUUAUACCAGUAACUUUGUUGAUUCAUCGGGAUUCAAUUCAGUAUUUAGCUGCCAGCACAUUUCUCAGGAGUGAUGCAGGCUAUGUGUCAGUGUUAUGUCCAAAUGAGCCAUAGAAUACUGUUCAGUCGCUCUCCAUGUCACUAAUUCUAUGCUGGUCCACUUCUUGCUGUCUGGAAUAAUGUAUAUGCUUGGUUAAUUGUUUUGUGCAGGGUACUUGUCCACCAUCUAACAUUCCUUUGAUUGAGAGGUUAAAUUUUAAUGAGUGGUUGUAUCCUGAUGACCUACAAUUCUUCACAGGUGUCAGAAGUUAGCUCACUUUUGGGGAGAGCGGGUACCGUGGGUCUUGGAAAGGCAGUGGAAGUGUUGGACACUCUCGGCAGUAGUAUGACAAAUUUGAAUAUGAGUGCUGGUUUUGUUUCGGGCAUGACAAUGAAAGGCAAUAAAAUUGCUAUUUUAUCAUUUGAGGUUGCUAAUACAAUUGUCAAAGGCUCCAAUCUUAUGCAAUCUCUUUCAAAGGAGAGCAUCAAACAUUUAAAGGAGGUGGUGCUCCCUUCAGAAGGUGUGCAGCGUUUAAUAUCCAAAGACACGGAUGAACUGCUAAGGAUUGCUGCUUCUGAUAAAAGGUAUUAAAAUGAAGAAAUUGUGAUAAAGUUUGACCGAAUUUUAAUCGAUAUUUGUGAAUUCUGGUUUUGUUACAUUAAAUAACUCACUUUUUCUCUGUUCUUGCUCCAAAUAUUUAGGGACGAGUUGAAAGUUUUCUCUGGAGAAGUUGUUCGUUUUGGAAAUCGUUGUAAGGACCCUCAGUGGCAUAAUUUAAACCGCUACUUUGAAAAGUAAUGAUACCGUCCCCUCUCUUUUUUUCCCAUAUGAUCCACCUGUAAAUUUUGGAGUGCUUGAUUCCUUUGUGCUACCUUUAUGUAGACUGGGGUCAGAACUUACACCACAAAAGCAAUUGAAAGAAGAUGCAGAAGUUACAAUGCAGCAAUUGAUGACAAUGGUUCAAUACACGGCUGUGAGUAUUUUUGUGGAUGGAAACCUACCGAUUUUUCUGUAGAUGUGAAACUGUUUUUUUUUCCAUCAAAGAGAAUUUUCUUUUGCUAAAAUUUAUGUUUCAGGAUUAUGAUAAUUAUCUUUUUGUUUUUUUUGUCCCAUUGGCGGUACAGCCAGUUGAAUUGUCUUGAUUGUUUUUUAUGAGGCUUUCUUGGUAUUUAUCUUGAAAGGUUGUGGUAUACCUUAAAACACAUCACUUGAUCUUAAAAAAGGAAAGAUAAUUUUCAGUUUGCUGUUGCAGGGAUAUUUUUAAGGAGUAUCAAAGUUCAUAAAUUCCCAUUUGGUAUCUUCUAAUGUUCCAUUCCCGAGUCUUUUUUGUUCAUUAGGCGUGGAAACAAUUCACUGUUAUAAGUGUGCGAGGAAAACUACACAAUGUAGCAGAAAACAGAAGGGAACACAGUAAACUAUAGCCCGGUCCAUGAGAGGCUAUUUUUCUGGUCAUGAUUUACAGGAUGCAUUAUUUGAAGCUUCAUAUAGUAGCUGUUUCACAAUCCAUAAGCAUCAUGUUCUUUGCUUUUCCAAAACUGAUCGAUAUGCCUUCUUGUUUUGAAACACAUUAUUCAUCUGCUGAAAUUUCACUGACGCGGCUUCCACUUGAAGCCAUGAGUAUUCAUAAAAAUUCUCUAUCAUGAAAAAUCUCUUUUUCUGGAGAACAAUUUGUAGGAGAAAACUGCAUCCAUUGCUCUAAAAUAUUUGUUCUUGACAAUUCAGUUAAAGAAUCAUGCACUCCUUUGCUCAACCAUUUAAUGGCCCUCUCUGCUCUAUAUUUGUCGUUGUUCACACUCUGUCCCACUUUCUUCACAACUAUUGAGCGAUAAAUAUUUCACUGAUUUUGUUGGUCUGGGAAUUCUGUCCCAGUUAAUCAAAUGGGCUUGUAAGCACUCAUGUCCAUUUGGUCAGCUGCAAAAGAAAUUACACCUGAUGUUUGAGUUUGACCUAGAAGUUUUGGGUAUUUUGAAUGUGGACCAUUUUGUUGAUAAAUUGGGCGGCGACAUUUGGUCUAUUCUCAGUUCGGUGGAACAUGACUUCAGUUUUACUUUUCUAUCUUGUUGCAAAUUUAAUAAUUGAAACAUACAACGCUGUGCGGUGAAGAUUGUUAUUAUUUUAACUUUCUACUCUUCAGGAACUAUAUCAUGAGCUACAUGCUCUCGACAGAUUUGAGCAAGAUUAUAAACGGAAACAGCUGGAAGAGAACUCUAAUUCUGCUCAAAAAGGUGAGCUAGGACUUUAAAAACUUUUUAUUUUAGAUGGUAUCAUUUCCAAGCUCAUCAUGGGUUAUGUAGUGGGUUUAGUGUUAAAAAUGAACUGAAAUUGGAUUCAGGAUAUCCAAGUUAUAAAUCAGCUGCAUGAACUGAAAUUGAGAAUCUUUAGUCAUUAUCUCCAGGAGAUGUAUAGUGCCCAUCGUGUUUUAAAUUUAUCUGCGAACACAUUUUGUGGCUUAGUAAUUAAAUUACUGUGAACUGGAAUCUACUAGGGCAGUAUUCUCGGAUGUGUUAUAUUUGUGAUGUAAUAGGCUGCUGAACUGAUGCUGAACUGCGCAUACAGCUGCAUGGUUUUAUACCGGCUAGUACUAUGAUUUACAUCUUCUAUUAUCGCAUUUUGAUGCAUCCAGUGAAGAAUAUAAUUUUCCUUCUGCUGAUUAUUACGUAGAACGGAAUAUCGCUACUGCUGAUGGAUAUUAUUUUCAUUCUGAUUGCAAAUACAUGGAAAUGAUAAUAAUUGUACUGAAGAUAACAGUUUAAGUGAUAAUUAAAUGGCUAAUUCAAUAUCAGCUGUCUAACAUGGAAAAUGAAACGUGUCCAUGAAUUUUAGCAUUCUCUGCAAAACCAUCUAAUUCAAUAAGUCAUAAUAAUUGUACUGAAGAAAACGUGUCCAUGGAAAAUAGAAGUUGGAUGGCGAUAUAGAGGUUCUUACCUCUACUUUGUGGAACUCUAGUUGGUAUAGAGGAGUUCCCAUAAUUUUAGUGGAUCAUUUGAUAGAUAUGGUUGCAAUUCUCACGAGCUUGUGGGGAGCUUGAGUACAUGACUAACAACCGUGAAAUUUCUUUCUUUAUUGGAGAAUUGUUAGACUGAUUAAUUCAUAAUCUUAAAUCAAUCAACAAUGAUAGGUGGAGAAGAUUUCUGUGAUUCCGUCGGAAUUCCUAUGUUUCUGUUGUUAUCUUUCUGUGGACUGUCCUGUUUCACCAUGUCUUCUCCAUUCCACUUUUAGGUGACAAUCUUCAAAUUUUGAGGCAAGAGUUGAAAAGCCAAAAAAAGCAUGUAAAAAAUUUGAAGAAAAAAUCACUUUGGUCCAGGAUUUUGGAGGAGGUAUGUGCUCUUUUUGUUCAUUUUUCACAUGGCAUGCAUAAUAAUUGUGAGCCACUUUGUACCCAGUUAUGGAUAUGACAUAACUAAUUAUCUCUUUGCGACUGCCUGGUUUCCUGUAUUUUCUAUUCUUUAAGUUAUCAUUCAGGUCGUCUCUCCAAAGAUAAAAAGUUGUUUCGUGCUCUUUUGAUUAGAUUUGACAGUAACAAUAAUUUUUGGUAUUUUAGGUGCAUAUUUCUCCUCGUAGGUAUUUUCUUGUGACGAAACUUGUUUAAUCCUCUGGCAAUCUUAAUAUCAGAGGAAAUGGCUCUGUAGAUAAGUGUGAAAGAAGCCUUUGAAUCGCAGAGAAACGUACUUUCCAUCUCGUAUGACAGACAAUGAUGUGACGUGUUUUGCAGGUCAUGGAGAAGUUGGUAGACAUUGUCCACGUCUUACAUCUGGAGAUUCAUGAAGCAUUUGGGAGUGCUGGUACUUCCCCUUCCCUGAUAAUUUUAGUGGUCCUUUGAUUUUAUUUUCCUCAUGAUACCGUAAUAACACACGUAUGAAAUCCCCAAGUGUUGUAGUAAAUGAAUAACAUCAUUCUGAAUUCUAUAUAUCAUGCAAAGCAUCUGUAUAUGAUUACUAAUCCUGUACGAAGUUCAUUGACACCAAAAGGACUGAUAGCUCAUGCAGUCAUCAUUUAAAGUUUUUUUUCACAUCUGAUAUUUUUCAAAUGUAUGUAAAGCCUUUAUUUUUCUGUUGGUGGCACUGGGGGUCUAAUGGAUUUAUUUCGUCUUCCAUCGAAGUUUUUAUUUAAUGAUUUCUCUAUCAGAUGCAACCGUGAGUAAAAUGAUGCGGAUGUGAAUUUUUUCUACCGUAGUCUCUGUGGAUUUAAUGCGUAUGCUUUAGAUUGUUAUGAGAACUUCUUUUAAAUGUGUCACUCAUUUCAACGUUGACUGGAAAUCGAAAACAUUUCAAUUUGACGCAAAGUGACUGUACAAUUAACGUCUUGGUUUCUGUGCUGAUUAGCGUGACUGGUGAGGACGCAGUGGAAAAUUCCUGAGUAGCGUAAAAUUGUGGAAUUUUCCAGAUCUCUUGAACUAAAGCUUUCAUGUAUCUAAUAUAAUUUUCGAGAUAUAAUAUUGAAAUGUAUUACAAUAACAGUUUGUGCAUUACCUCUUGCAAGCCUAUAGUCCUAGUUGUAUGUAACCUCUUAGUUGUUGAGAACUCAUUUUCUAUGUUGUUAUCAAAUGCAGAUAGUGAUACACCUUUGGGUGGAUCUUUCUGCACUCAUCAGAGGUUGGGUUCAGCAGGCCUUGCUUUGCAUUAUGCAAAUGUUAUCAGUCAAAUUGACACUCUUGUGAGUUCAUGUCUUCAGUUGACAGUUCGUGUUUUUCAAUUAUGACUUUCGGUUUAAUUUAUAUUGUUGAAAUGUGUUUGAAAUGCGUUAAUCUUUGCAUGUUAAUUUAUAGAUGUUGAUUAUAUGCUCUGUUUCAUCUUUCUAGCUAUUUCUCGCUUAUUUAAGGCUACUGUUUUUCAUCACUGCUUUUCAGAAAACUGGAAUCUGUUAUAAUUGAGAAGAUUAAUCCCUCAGGUAAUAGUGGGGAACGGUUAACAAAAAUAUUAUCUGGAGGAUCCAUGGGAAUAGAUCAUGUGCAUAUUUUUCUUUCAUUUUUGGCUGGGAGUGGUGUUAAGAGGUUUUGUCUAGGAUUUUCGCUAUACUAUCCGACAAUCCGUUUUUUAAGGGUUCAAAUUUCUGGUGAAAUUCCACGUAUACAGGUUUUCACUGCCAAAUGGAUGAAUAUAAUCUUCACUCCUUGGUCAUCCAAUGGAUUCAGAGGUUUCAAGAAAGGAAGCAAAAAUGCGGCUGUCUAUGUCACCUUAUUUUUUGAAAAAUAGAUUCUCAACGACAAUUCCAUCAACAAUUUCUGAGAUAGGAUUGUUAUGCCCAUCAAAGAUUUUACUGGAUAAAGGCUUACAGUCAACUGGCAAUGAUUUUUAGAUUUUACACAGUUGCCCGAUGUCCAUAUUUUUAACGUAUGAGUGCUAAAAUCUGUAAGCUAUCGGGGGCAUGGAACUCUGGAUCAAAUAUAAUGGCAAGAUUGCUGAGGUUUGUGGGCACUGGAAUCUAUAAGCUCUCAAGGCUGUGGCACUGGUAUCGGACCAGGUGUCUCAAUCUUUCAGGCCUGACAUGAUCCACAUUGGAUUGGACAAAAUCGGGCAGAGAAGCCAAUCCAAAGGACGUGCUGAAUAUGGGUAAAAAAUGUGAAAAAAUAUUACAAUCAUGCUUUUAUGAACUAUUGAUGACUAGAUUUAUGAGAAGAGCACAUUAAAUCAAUUAUCCCUAAAGUGCAUUCAAGCAAAGAUUAUUUCUUCCAAAACCCCUCUCCCAAACCCGAUUCUUGGCAUGGCAUGGGUAGGAUGGUUCCUGGUGAGGUAUAUAUGGCAGAGGUUUCAAGCCGCCAGUGCCCUGCCAGCAGCUAUUAGAAGUCAAUUUUGGUUUUUGAUAUUGGCUCCAGGUUAUUAUCACUAUUAAUAUUUUUCCCUCUUCUUUUCUUGCCCCACUGUUUCCUUCCCUUUUUUUUUUCCCUCUAUCGCCCUCUAAUGAGCUGCCCUUCACAGCAGCUAUGCUGCUUGGAGCUGACCAGUCUGAGUAAGGUUUAAGUCAUCAGCCAAGAUUAGCUGAUCUCUCCAGAGUUGACCGCUCUCAGUUCAGUUCAGUCCAGCCCAGCCCAGCCCAUUAUUCGACCUGUUCGGUCGGAUUUAGUUUCCUUUUGAUACAUUCAAGGCAGGAUCGGAUCCCCUUCCCCACCCAAAUACUAGGAUCAGCCUAUUCUGUGGUGUAUCAUUGCAGAUUUCGAUUUUAUAUCUUUUUAUGCGUAGAAACGAUUGCCCUUCUUUUUCUUUUUUUUUUUUUACUAAUGUGAACUUUUUGCAGGUAUCAAGAUCAAGUUCCAUCCCGCCAAAUACACGGGACACACUUUACCAAGGAUUACCCCCAAGCAUAAAAUCCGCUUUACGCUCUCGGUUGCAGUCUUUCGAAAUAAAGGAAGAGGUUGGAGAUGCUCCAGUCUUUCACCCUCUUAUGGCACGUUGUUGAGCAUUAAUACGACUUAUAUAGUCUCCAUGCUAAUGGCAACCGAUUGUUUCAUGUUCGCGUGUAGCUCACUGUGGCACAGAUAAAAGAUGAAAUGGAGAAAACGUUGCGAUGGCUCGUGCCAAUUGCCAACAAUACCACCAAGUAAAGGCAUCUCUUACAUUUUUAUUCUCCUAUAAACUAAAUAGCAUGCUCUUUUCUUAUUAUUUAUUUAUUUAUUUAUAUAUAUACUUGGAAUCGUCUGAUUCUACCGGAGCGUCUUCUUUGUAUAACUGUGGAUACUGAAAAUUUCCAGAGCUCAUCAUGGAUUCGGCUGGGUUGGAGAGUGGGCAAACACGGGGUAGGCUAACAACAAGAACAUGGGUCCCUUUCUUCUUUGUACUAAUCAUCCAUCUGGGAAAAUUUCUGACACUGAGCUUCUUUCGUGUCAUGUUCUUUAUUUCCUGGCAUGUUUUCCAGGUCGGAGCUAAGUCGAAAGCAAGCUGGGCAGACCGACUUAAUCCGAAUUGAGACACUGCACCACGCCGACAAGAACAAGACAGAGGCCUACAUCCUCGACUUGGUCGUGUGGCUGCACCAUCUCGUCAGCCAGUCCAGGGCCGGCAAUGGCAUCAGAUCCCCCAUCAAAUCCCCCAUUCGGUCCCCCAUCAACCAACCUUCGAGCAACAGGUCCAGCACUCCCUCUCCGAUCCUCAGCCAGGAAGACAAGGAGAUGCUGCGGGAAGUCUACUACAGGAGAUUGACGCCGGGGAUAAGCAAGAGCCAAGAGUUUGGCCCCUCGAGGACGAGACUAAGCAAGCACAACCGCUUGAGCAAGAGCAUCAGCUACUCCCCGCACAGUGGCGCCGACAGGGAGCUCGCCUCCCCUCCUGCCAGAAGGCCCUCAAUGCUUCCUGUGAUCAAUUUUGACAUAGAUAGGAACAAGGCAUUGGAUGUGAUUGACAGAUUGGAUGGCCUGAGGAACUGA